AUGGGCCCCAUCGGCGCAUGGGUUCAUGCUCCUGGGUCCGCAAAUUACAUUGGCGUUUUUAUUUUUGGGAAGAGAGAGAAAAGCAAGGGCGAGGCUCAGGCCUCGGCAGUGAAAGAAUUCAUUGAAAACCUGAAGAUCUUGGAGGGCGCCUUGGGUGACAAGCCCUUCUUUGGAGGGGAGAAAUUAGGGCUCGUGGACGUUGCCGUGGUGCCUUUUGUUUGCUGGUUACAUGUCUAUGAGGUCUAUGGUGGGUUCAGUGUUGCAGCUGAGCGCCCCAAAAAUGAUGCUUGGGCCAAGCGUUGCAUGGAGAAGGAGAGCGUUUCAAAGGCUUUGCAGAACCCUGAGAAGGCCCUCGAGUUUGUGGGGAUUCUCAAGAAGAAAUAUGGGGUUGAGUAGAGAGACAUGUGUUAGAGAGAGAGAGAAAGAGAAGGAGGGUGUUCAUUUGUGUAUGUUUUCUGGUUACGUGUGGCGUCUUUUGUUGUGUUUUAAUGGCUGUAUGU